GUUAUAGCGAUUGGAUUCAAGAAAGUAAAAUGUUCAACAGUUAUUCAAAUUAACAAGUCAAGUUGUGUUUAAAUUUUAGAUACUUUAACCUAACUUGAAAAAGACGUUUGUCUUAAAGAGCAUCAACAUCAACCUGUUGAAACAAAUUGGAUGAAGUUUAAAAGUGUGAAAAAUGAGAAGCUGAUCAAGCCAUGGAUGAUGAUAACAGCUCAAUUCAACCCAAAUUAACUGUGAGUUUAAAGAAGGCGACCAAAAAAUUGUUUAGUGUCUCAAAGCUUUCCUCAAACACAGUCAGGUCACAGUGUUUUCACCGUGAUGAUGAUCAAGAGAUUGACUGUGAUACAAGGCACAGUGGAAAACUUGCUUCCCUCAGAAUCGACCCGGUCGAGAAUAAACGAGAAGAGUGGGACAAAAAGAUUGAUUUCCUAUUCUCGAUCAUUGGCUUCGCAGUUGAUCUAGCAAAUGUUUGGCGUUUUCCCUAUUUAUGCUAUAAAAAUGGCGGUGGAGUAUUUUUGAUUCCAUAUACCUUGAUGCUACUUUUUGGAGCUUUACCACUUUUUUUCUUGGAGUUAUCAUUGGGACAAUUUGCUAAAUCAGGUCCAAUAAAUGUAUGGGAUAAAAUGUAUCCAGCUGCAAAGGGUGUCGGCUAUUGUGCCGUCCUUAUCUCGUGGUAUGUUUCAUUUUAUUAUAAUGUAAUCAUUGGUUGGACUAUAUAUUACAUUAUAGUAACAUUGACUUCAGGAGAUUUGCUUCCUUGGCAGCAUUGUGAUAACGAGUGGAAUACGAAGGGUUGUUUCGCUGUGAAUAAUUUAAUAAAUUGUAAAAAUUGCACCAACAUAACGUCACAAAAUUUAUCAACUUCAGCACAAGAAUUCUUUGAGCACAAAUUAUUACAAAUUGAUGCAUCUAGUGGUUUUAGUGACCUCGGUGCUUUAAGACCUGAACUGGUCGGUUGUGUUUUUCUCACUUUUAUUUUACUCUAUUUUUCCCUGUUUAAAGGAGUUAAAUCUUCCGGCAAAGUCGUAUGGGUCACUGCCACAGCACCCUAUGUCAUACUUACAAUCUUGUUAAUAAGAGGAGUAUUCCUACCUGGAGCAGGGAUGGGAAUCUCCUACUAUUUAAGUCCAAGACUUGAAAAACUUCAACAUCCUGGAGUUUGGACUGAUGCUGCUGUUCAAGUCUUUUACUCAAUUGGUGUUGGUUUUGGAGUUCAUCUUACCUAUGCAUCAUUCAAUAAGUUUAACAACAAUUGUUACCGAGAUGCUCUUCUAACGGCCUGUAUAAAUUCCUGCACAUCAUUUUACUCUGGUUUCGUCAUUUUUAUUUACCUUGGUUAUAUGGCUCAAGGUUUACAAGCUGAUAUUUCAACUGUUGCUAAAGAGGGUUAUGGUUUGGUCUUUCAAGUUUAUCCUGAAGCAAUUUCAACCUUACCUUUGGCUAAAUUCUGGUCCAUCCUUUUUUUUGUAAUGCUAGUUACUCUUGGUCUUGAUUCAGCGAUGGGGGGCUUAGAAGCUGUAAUUACUGGGAUUAUCGAUGAAUGGAAGAUUAAAAGCAUAAGCCGAGAAGUAUUAACAGCGCUUGUUUUAACCAGCUCAUUCUUGGUUUCUCUAAUCAAUUGUACUCAAGGAGCAGGAUACACAAUGGUAUGGUUUGACAGUUAUGCAGCAGCAGUCUCCUUAUUAUGUUCAGCCUUAUUUGAAGCUUUGGCGCUAGUUUAUGGAUAUGGUAUUGAUCGUUUCAUGCUCGAUAUUGAGUCAAUGCUUGGCUUUAGACCAUCAGCUUUUUGGCUAAUUUGCUGGAAAUACAUUUCGCCAUUAUUUCUUGUUACUAUCAUUAUACUUUCGGUUACAAAACCUGAGCCCAUUACAUUCUUGAACUAUACGUUUCCUUACGAGGCUAAUGUUCUUGGAUGGAUAUUUGGACUCUCCUCUGUAUUUCCGAUUCCACUUUUUGGCCUUUUUUAUCUUCUUAAAAAUUGUUUAUUCAAACGCAAUGAGAUAGGAAGCAGAGAGGUUAGCGAUCGAGAAGUGAUUGCUUGUGUCUAGAUUAGAAUGUGGUAAAAGUACGUAACAAAGGUUAACAUAAAACAUAAACACACCGUUAAUCGCUAGCAGCAUCAUGAUCUUUAAAGCAACAUGAAUCAAAAACAAUGCCUAAUAUGACUGAAUUAGUAUAUGAAGGAGUUAAAAAUCCAAAUCCCAUGUCUCUGGGGAUAACUGUUCCUGAAUAUUCAAGAUUAACAACUGCUACACUGACGGACUUGACCGAUCCUAGAGUUUUGUGGAUAAUUGGAUAAGCUUUGGCUGAAAUACAUUUUGCCAAAUUGGCUGCUGGAAGGGCCGAGAAAAUGUAAUCAACUGAAAUUGGUUUGAUUGAAGUAGAAUUGGAAACAUGUAAGACGGCACUUCCAUCAUCUUUAAACAUAAUAUGAUCAACUUUAUGACCUAACUGAAUGUCGAUGUUUGACUCUUUAAUUAAAUUUGAAUAAAGUCUUUAAGGUAAAAGAAAAAUAUUAAAGACAAUUCUUUAAACUGACCAUUUAUACACCAUUAUUUGGAAACCAUAAUUUUGUGAUAAUUUACAAAAUGUAACUCUGAUUUGCCUUUUCAAUUUGAAACUGACUUCUUUUUCAGCUCCAUUUUGCUUUGUGAAACAAAAUCAACCUUUAACGUUUUGAUUAUUGUCAAUAUAAGUAAAAUUGGCCCAUUAAAAAGACAAGCAUGUUUUUA